AUGUUGAAACGUGGAGCUCAAGGCCCUCAGGGUUCCAAAGAUGACGAGGGUUCUUUCGGGAUGGCCAGCACCCCCGAUGACAAACCCCAUCGGGCAACGGCCGCCCAGUUAGCCAGCAGAAAAAUCAAGGAUGUCCGCAAACGCCGAGCUCCAACUCCCACAACCGGCGGAGGCGCACCUGACGCGGCUCCAUUCAACCCUUUCGCAUCUGUGGCCCCGGCCGCAGCGCCAGCACCCACCCAGUCCACUGGGUUCACAUUUGGUCAGAGCCAAAGCCAGAGCUUCCCCGGGGCAAGCUCGGGGCCCAGCCAGGGCGGAAUGUUCUCGUCGGGCGCUAACGGCCAGGCGGGUGGUCAGGCGUCAUUCAGCUUCGGUUCGGGCCCUACCUCAUUUGGAUCUGCACCGCCGAGCAAUCCUUUCUCUGUAAACACAUCAUUUGGCGGAAAUUCCCAGUCGGGUACCAACGGAUUUAGCUUUGGGGGAUUCAAUGCCGGAAAUCAGUCUACUCCGUCGUUCGGUGGAUUCGGAGCACAACAGAACACAAGCACUCCAGCAAAGCCCGCCAUAUUCGGGCAGUCUACAUCACAUAUGACAUCGCCUGCAGAUGACAGCAUGCAAACUUCGCCCGAUACCAAGCCCAAGGGAGCUUCCCUGUUUGCACCGAAGCCAGCCGCAGGUCCAUCGGCACUUGGCACUUCAUUCUCGAACCUUUCAGGGCAGAAUGCGGCCAGCAAUCCAUUUGCACCAAAGACAACUGCGCCUGAGAAACCGGCCGACAAGCCUGCGGAGACCCAGCCCUUCAAAGCUCUUUUCGGAUCAACGCCCGCCGCUUCGAAGCCUUUGGAUGCAGAGAAACCGCAGCCAACAGCCAGCAAUCCAUUUGCGAACCUGUCAGGGCAGGCUCCAGCCAGCAGCACUAACCUGUUUGCCCCGAAGACAACUACAGCGGAGCAGACUCCUGCAAAGCCCACAGAGGCGGCUAAACCUUUUAGUGCUCUUUUCGGGUCAACCUCCAGCUCUCAACCCUCAGGGGCUGCGAGCAAUCUUUUUGCACCCAAGCCAGCGGCAGAAGAGCCAAAGGCGAGCAAUCCGUUUGCGACGCUGUCAGCGCCAAGUUCAUUUGGCGGUUUCUCCUCACCGAAGGCUACUGGAACCGAAACUACUGGAAAGGCUGCCGAGGCACAACCGUUCAUGUUUGGUACACCCGCAGCAUCGAAGGUUUCGGAGGCUGGAAAAGAGCAGACGGCUCCGCCAGCAUUUGGCAAUAUGUUCUCACCGAAGCCGGCUGUUGAGAAUGCGGCUGCAAAGCCUGCAGCGGACCAGCCGUUCAAACCCAUGUUUGGAACACCUGCAGCGUCGAAGGUUUCGGAGGCCGGAAAAGAGCAGGCUGCUUCGCCAGCAUUUGGCAACAUGUUCUCGCCGAAGCCGGCUGUUGAGAACGCGGCUGCAAAGCCUGCAGCGGACCAGCCGUUCAAGCCCAUGUUUGGAACAUCUGUGGGCACAAAGCCUGCAGAGGCUGAAAAGGAACCAUCACCGGCGAGCAGUGUUUUCACACCGAAAGUGCCAAGUCAAGAGCAAACUCCUGUGCCUGCAAAAACCUCACAAUUUGGCUCAAUGUUCGGGGCGUCUCCUGCGCCAUCGAAGCUUGGGGAAGAAAAGACAGCUCAGGCGACACCUACCAAUCCAUUCGCGAACCUGUCAGGGCAGAACGCGUUCAGCAACCCAUUCGCACCAAAGCCGACAGAGCAGGCUGCGACGCCCCAGGCACCGAGCACUUCUCUCUUUGGCGCAACUACAACAGUUGACAACAAUAAGCAGAAUAAGGACAAUAACAUUGCACCUCUGAAUAGCUCAUUGGCUAACCCAUUCACCGCUGGGUCUAAGGUUUCAACUGAACCUCAACGGGAAGGUGCGACGAAAACUCCUCAGGUGUCGUUCGCGCAGUCUUCACGCGACGAUAAAAGCUCGUCUUGUUUACCUUCUUCUUCCUCCUCUCUCCCCUCUUCCUCAACUUCUACUGUUUCCAACGCUUUUACUGCUUCAGACCCUGACAGUCUUUUCCCUCGACCUGAUCCUCCUGUAUCAAUUGACUAUUCUUUGCCUAAAGAUUCUGACGACAUGCCGCUUAAACAUCUUUUCCCCGAGGACCCGACGGGCGAAAUUCGAGCGCGAGCUAACCUUCUCAUGAAGAUUGGCGCCUUGACUGAGUCGUUCAAGCGUGAGGUCGCCAAAUGUGACCCUAUGACUGAUGAUAUUGAUGAAGUCCUCAUUCUUUAUGCUGAACUUCGCCGUGAGCUUGGUGUCCCCAUUGGGACCAUCAGCCCCGCCGAAGAGGCCAAACGCACCGCCAUCAAUGAACGUGAUGCUGCCAGGGAAGCACCCGAUGGCAGCGCAUCUCCUCGAAUCCCGACCUUCGUACCUCCUAGUUUCAAUGAGAAACACCCAGCAUCUCCCAACAAGCCUUCCGGCGGAUCUACUACUUCCUCCAAGUUCGCCCAGUCCUUCUCCGCUCCGGCGCCUGCUCCGGCAGCUACUUCUGUUGGCGCAUUUUCCGCCUCGGCUGCUGGUCCCUCGACUCCUGCGGCUCCCGUUUCUACUGCCCCUAUCGCCCCGACCCCUGCUCCGGUAACUACUUCUGCUAGCGCUUCUCCCGCCCCGGAUGCUGGUCCUUCGACUCCAGCCGCGGCUCCUGUUUCUGCUGCUCCUGUCGCCACAUCUGCUGUUGAAAUUCCUAAAUCCAAUGGUGUGGCCACUUCUGCUGCUCCUGCUUUCCAAAUUCCCAAGUUUGAUGGUGCGGCCACUUCGACCACACCCUCUGCUUUCCAAGUUCCCAAGUUUGGUCCAGCCCCUGGCGUCGAUUUUGCAGCCCAAUUUAAGUCUAAGUCAGACAAGACCCUAUCUGAUGCAAAGGCCAAAAGAAAGGCCGAGGAGUUUGAUUCUGAUGAGGAGGAUGAGGCGGAAUGGGAGCGCAAAGACGCGGAACGCCAACGCGAGAAGCAGGCUCAACUCGAAGCUGCAGCUAAAAAGCGUGCCGUUUUUGUUCCUGGCGAGGGUUUCAAGUUCGUUGAUGAUGAUAACACUGCUCCACAGAACGCUAAGGAGCCUGUUGCGUCUGCCACCCCUACGCAGCACCUUGAGAGUACUAUCAAUCCUACGCCUCCCAUGUUUGCUCGCUCUAACACUCCGCUGUCUGCUUCUGCUGGAGCAAACGGUGUCUCUGGCCCUCCAAGCUCCUCCGUCGGCUCUUCGGUUUUCGGAUCGUCCAGUGAGCCAGUCCCAGCCUCUCAGAACAUCUUCGGCGGGCUCAAGCCGACCUCACCCAAGCGCAAGGCGUCUGCGGAUGAAAGUGAUGACGAUGAUGAUUCCCCCGCAAAGAAGAUGAACUCCACGGAGAACAUCUUCGGCGGGCCCAAGCCGACCUCGCAGAACAUUUUCGGACCCAAGCCUACCUCGCUUAAACCCAGUGCCUCUGCAGAUGAAAGUGAGAAGGAUGAUUCCCCCACAAAAAAGACGAAGUCGUCGCCUCCCCCUGCUUCUGCAGGCGCCAGUUUGUUUGGACGGGUCUCCACUCCAACACCGAUGGCUCCUUUGAGCAAUUCCUUCGCACAGCCCGCGAUGGCCGCUCCUUCGGCCGCUCCUACUCAGUCCACUCCCACCGGCACUGAUGAAGAGGACGGCGAGCCUGGUGAAAUUUUCGAUCUGACAAAGGGCAAUGGCGGUGAAGAAGAAGAAACGGUUGUGUUCGAAGACAAAUCCCGGGUUUUCAAACUUGAAGCGGCUUGGUUACCCAAAGGAACCGGUCCCGUCCGCCUUUUGAAGCACCCUGUCACUGGACGUGCGCGGAUUGUCGCCCGUGCCGAGCCAAGUGGAAAAGUCACCUUAAACAUUCUCCUGAAGAAAGAGUUUGACUACAAGCUCACCACUAACAGUGUCCAGUUCCUGGUGCCCGACGAGACUGGGAAGCUCACACAUUGGGCAGUUCGAGUGAAGGGUGAGAGGCUGCAAGAGUUCCACGACCUCAUCCAAAAGAUCAAGAACUAG